AUGGCACUGGGAGCUCUGCUUGGUCUCUCGAGAGGGCAGGAUAGAAGAAACUCACACGAAGGCCAGAUCAGACCGCAGUCUGCUACCGAAGCCGCCGGUCCGGGUCCAAGUCAUGAGGCCUCCGGCAGUCAUGGACGGCUUUCCGACCCGCCACCAGGCAGCGGCGACGCCGACACCGGGAUCCCCAAACUCUCGGGAACCAUCAUCACUCUGACCAUGACACCCCUUUGCUUGUCGGCGACCUUGUCCGCGCUGGACACGACCAUCGUGACCACGGCCGUCCCCAACAUCGUGGCCUCGCUCCAGUCAGUCGCGGGGUACAUCUGGGUGGGCUCCGCCUUCAUCCUCGGCUUCACGGCCGUGACGCCCGUCUGGGGCUCCGUUGCGGACCUAUGGGGCCGCAAGCCCAUCAUCCUGCCGGCCCUGACCAUCUUCUUGGCCGGCAGCCUACUGUGCGCCCUCGCUCCACACAUGGAUGCUCUGAUUGCCGGCCGCGCCAUCCAGGGUGUUGGCGCCUCCGGCAUGGGCGUCAUGGUGAAUACCAUCAUCUGCGACAUGUUCUCGCUUCGCGAUCGCGGCCUGUACCUUGCCAUCACAUCCAUCAUUUGGGCCAUUGGCAGUGCAAUAGGCCCGAUUCUGGGUGGUAUUUUUACCACGCGACUAGAGUGGGUUAUCGUCGUUCUUGUCAACUUGGAAAAUUUUGCCUUGCUGACUCGUCUCGUGCCCGUACCUAUUGGCGGAUUGGUCUUCAUCGUGCUUUUCUUUUUCCUCGAUCUGCCAUCACCCGAUACAUUGGUGUGGGCUGGCCUCAAGGCCAUUGACUGGACUGGCAGCGCGUUGUGCAUGGGAGGUUCUCUCAUGGUCCUCCUUUCCCUCGACUUCGGAGACGUAACCCACCCCUGGUCCUCGGCCACCGUCAUCUGCCUCCUCGUCUUCGGUCUCGUAGCCAUCGGCAUCUUCCUCGUCAACGAGUGGAAGUUCGCCGCCAACCCCGUGCCCCCCCUGCGGCUGCUCUCAACCGUCGCAUUUGCCGGCUUGGCGUCGGUGCUGAACCUUUUCGUCUCGGAACACCAUUUAAGCAGUGAUAGGAAGGCCGUCGUGCUGGGCAUUGACCGGAACGAGGCGGACUCACAGCCGCAGCCUUUGGUUGGAGGGGAGGAAAUUCCGCUUGAGUCGUCAGGCAGAGAGGACACCCAGCAGAACAGGCUGCGGAACAGGGGCGCGGCGUGA